CCCGCCGCAGUGUGCGUUGAGCGGUGAGGGGUGGCGCGCGCGGAUAUGUCUGCCGCGAAACGGAAAGUGAACCCGCUCACCAUUCAGGAGAAGAAAGCCGUCAUUUUGGAGGUGGAGAACAGCAACGGACGCACCAAGUCGCAGAUCGCCGAGCAGUUUCGCAUUCCCAAGAGUACGCUGUCGACCAUUCUGAAGGAGAAGGAGCGCAUUCUGGAGCUGACCGAUUCGGAGGAGCUGGGCCCGCAGCGGAAGCGGGUGCGCAUGCGCCGCGGCGCCUACCCGCAGCUGGAGGAAGCUCUGUUCGCGUGGCUGCAGGAGCAGGCGGCCGCCAACCAGGCGGUGUCGGGCCAGACGAUGCUGGCGCGCAGUCAGGAGCUGGCCAGGCAGCUGGGAGUGGACGACUUCAAGACGAGCUCCGUGUGGCUGGACGGGUUCCGCAAGCGGCACGGUCUGGCGGCGGCCGGCCGGCCCGACUCGGCCGACGGCUGGCGGCCAGAGACCACGCCCGAGGGCACGGUGCCGCUCACCCAGCUGCCGGCCAUGCUGGACGACUACGCCGCCACCGAGGUGUUUGUGGUGGCCGAGAUGGGCCUGGUGUUCGACCUGACGCCCAACGAGGCUAGUGUGGGCGCCUGUGCGGACGCAGAGCUGGCGCCGCGCCGGUUCAGUGUGGUGGUGGCCGCCAGUGCGGACGGCUCUCAGAAGCUACCGCUGCUGAUUGUGGGCGAGCGGUCGGUGUCGGGCGCCAGUCAGCCGGGCCGGGUGGCCUAUCACGCCGACCCGACCGCCUGGAUCCAGCCGCAGCACUUCUCGGCCUGGCUGGGCAGGCGGGACGGCGAGAUGGCCGCCCAGGGCCGCAAGGCGCUCUUCCUGUGCGAGCUGUCGCCGGCGCACGCGGUGGGCGGCGGCGGCCGCGAGGCGCUCCAGCUGGCCUGUAUGCCGGCCAGCCCGCUGACUCAGGAGCAGCUCAGCGCGGACGGUGUGCUGCACGCCCUCAAACGCCAGUACCGGCGGCGGGUGACCGAGUUUCUGGUGGAGCACGGCCGGCCCCCGGCCGCCGGCGAGGCCGUGCAGAUGCUGAGUCGCGCCUGGUGGCAGGACGUGAGCUCGGCCGUGGUGCGCCGCUACCACGCCUCGGUGGGCCUGCUGCGAGACGAGGUGAACGGGCAGCCGGCGCCGCCUCCGGCCGAGGGCGCCGCCCAGCUGGCCGCCCUGGCCGGCUCGCAGUUCGCGCCGUCCGAGGGAUGCACCCUCGAGUCGUUCACCACUGCCGACAACGCGCUGCUGUGGACGGUGCCCGCGGUGGCGGGGGCCGGGGGACGCCCGCCGGCCGGCCGGACCCCCCAGCGGGGCCCGUCCCCGCCGCAGGCCGCUGCCCUGUCCCCAGCGCCCGCCGUCAAAAGGGAGAGGACUGGAGGGGAGAGAGUGGGCUCGCCGGCCGGCAAGAGGAGGCCGUCCUCCCAGGAGGCGCUCAAGGCGGUCAUGGUGCUGCAGCAGUUCUUCCAGCUACGGGAGCCAGAUGAGGAGCUGGACGAGGUCCUCAGCUUCGUGGCCUUUACGAAGGAUAAGAUCGUCAGGAUGCAGAUGCAGGAGAGCCGACAUGACAACGGGCUGCUGAAGCUCAAGAAGGAGGUGAAGACGGAGAAGUCCGACACUCUGGGAAAUGUGAAGUUCGAGUCGCCCAUUCUCAAUAUAGACCCCGAUGCAGAUCCAGAUGGCUCAAAGGAGUCGAUAGAGGCAAAGCCGUCGCCGCCGGUGCGUGCCGUCUCGGACCUGCUGGCUCCUAGGAAGGGCGGCAUCCGCGUGGGCUCCCAGUUCCAGGCCGAGGUGGCCCCCGCUCCUGUGACCGGUCAGACCGAGUCGGAGGUCACGGCCAAACAGCAGGUCCGCUGGACGCCGGAGCACAAACUCACAGAGCAGCAGAUCAACCAGUUUGUCCAGCUUACCAGAGCGGUGGGGAUGUUCGCCCGCGCCUGCGACGCCGGCUCGGCCGCCACCCAGCCGGGCAUCCACGUGGCGGCCGCCAAUGCCUCGCGUGACGUCACACGAGCACACGCGAUGGACGUGCUCCACCGGCACGACUAUCAGCUGGCCGAGGCUCUGACGUCAUUGGUGCCCGAGGGCGGCCCAGUGCUCUGCCGCGACGAACUCGAGGACUGGUCCGUCCACGAGACGGCCCUCUUUGAGGAGGCCAUCGCCCGACACGGCAAAAUGUUCGACCUGAUCCGACGGGAAUACCUUCCGUGGAAGACCAGCGCCCAGCUGACCGAGUAUUACUACAUGUGGAAGACCACCGACCGCUACGUCCGGCGCCGACGAGCCAAGCACAUCGCCCGCCGGCAGGCAGCGCUGGCGGCGGCGGCCUCACCGCGCGACUCCGCCGCUCCGCCGGUGAGCGCCAGUGUCGCGCCGCAGGGGGGCGCCAGCAGUGCUCCGGCGUCGGGCACCUCCAGCCCGCCGGCACCGUCACCAGCGGCCGCGGCGGCCGGCCGGGCCGGACCGGCGAACGACGCGCUCACACUGCUCAGUCCGAUGCUGAACGCGCUGGGCACCUCAGUGAGCAUCGAGCCGGUGGCGGCCGGCUCUCGGCGCUCGCCGGAGCAGCGCGGCCGGGCGGGCGCCGCGGACAAGCCGAGCGCCGGAGUGCGGCUCAGUGGCGAGUGCAGUAUUACGCCGGUGCCCGUCAGUCGGUAGCUGAGCGGUGGACGCGGACGGCUGGACAUGUGAUCGGUCAGAGUGUGAGCGGUGAGAGGCUGAGCGACAGCUGGUGAGAGGCUGAGCGACAGCUGGUGAGAGGAGUGACGGUUCUCCAGCAGCUGGUGAGGACAGCUGGCAGCUGCGGCGGCUGCUGGCGGUGAGGUUGUGUCGCCUCUGACUCUAAGGAGGCCGUCUGUACCUGUGGACUGAGGCGGCGGAUGGGCGCCGGGUGCUGCUGGGAACGGCCCUGCUCGGCGACAGUACAGUGUCUGAAGACAGACGGACGGAGACGGUGUUUUAGGGUCCAGCCGACUGGAGAGGCCGUGUCGCCCGGACGCCGCGGGGCAGUGAGGUGAGAAUCCCUCGGAGGUCGCUGAGCUGCCCCCGUCUAGGGGCGGCAGCGCCCGUAGUGUUCUCGUAGAGCUGUGCUCUGUAUUACGCCUGUUCAGUGUUCGCUCAUUAUUCCUUUGCAAUAAAUGAGACGUUUUGGUAA